AUGAAUGCUCUUAAAUUAAACUCCACCCGUUUGGCUGCCAAUAUGGCUACCAAGACAUGUUUCAAUGGCAUGAACUCGGUAAGAACAUAUGUAACUUUAAAAGAAGUUGAAACAAGAUUGAAGUCCAUUAAGAAUAUCGAAAAAAUCACCAAGACUAUGAAGAUUGUGGCUAGUACAAGAUUGAAUAAGGCUGAAAGAGCCAAAUUAAUUACCAAGAAUUAUAUGGAUACUCAUAAUCAAUUUUAUAAGAAUGCUGGUGUUGAAGGUGCCACUGAAUCAGCAGAACCUCAAGGCAAUAAGAAUUUCUUGAUCAUUGCCAUUUCUUCAGACAAAGGGUUAUGUGGUUCUAUCCAUUCCCAUUUGUCCAAAUCUGUAAAGUCCGCCAUCUGGAACGACGCUAACAGAUCUUCCAACAACUACGAUAUCAUUGCCAUCGGGGAUAAGAUCAAAGCUUUGUUAUUAAGAGCUUUCCCAGAAAAUGUCAAAUUGGGUAUCUCUCAAGUCUGUAAGAGAGUUCCAACUUAUCAAGAAUCUUCCAACAUCGCUGAUUUAAUUAUCUCCGACUACAUCGGCAAGAAUAAGUAUGACAAAGUUUUGAUAUAUUACAAUCAACCAGUCUCUUCCUUGUCAUUUGAACCAGCUCAAUCUGAAUUUUUCAAUGAAAAUGAUAUCGAUAAUUCUCCAAACUUUUCCAAAUUCGAAAUCGAUCCAAACACUCAAGAUAUUUCCAAGGAUCUAAUUGAAUACAACCUAGCAAACAAAAUCUUAGUAGCCAUGACUCAGGGUUAUGCUGCAGAAAUCUCUGCUAGAAGAAACGCCAUGGAUAACGCUUCCAAGAACGCCCAAGAUAUGAUCCAAAAGAAUUCCAUCUUAUAUAACAGAACAAGACAAGCAGUCAUUACUAACGAAUUGGUCGAUAUCAUUACAGGUGCAAGUACCUUGGACUAG